GGGCUGGCUCGGGGAGAGGGCAGGGCAGAAGGUUCUUAGGGCUUAGGGGUGGGACCCCGGGGUAUUGGGGUCAGGUUGGCAUUAGCCCAGCGCUGAGCCGAGCCGGGCUGAGUCAGCGCCCCCGACCCCACCUGGAUCCCCUGCAGGCCCUUGGGCACUCCCCCCCGGGCAGAGAUGGGAGAUGGCUGCCAUCCUGCCCCUUCCCCUGGCUCUCCAGGCCCGCGUCCGCCUGGCCCAGGGGCUCUGGCUCCUCUCCUGGCUGCUGGCACUGGUAGGCGGGCUCACCCUCCUCUCUAGCGGCCACCUCCUGGUCCAGCUCCGGCUCCUCAGCCCUUUCUUGGACCCCGCCUGCUCGCUUCCCGCCCUCCCCAAGGCGGCUUUGGCUGCGGGGGCAGCCGCCCUGGGCCUGGGGGUCCUAGGGGCCGGAGCCACCAGAGCGGCCUUGGACGCCGCCCGCUACCCGCCCUGGCGAGGGGUGCUGGGGCCCAUCCUGUUGGCCGGGACCGUGGGGGGUGGGGGCCUCCUGGCCUUGGCGGCUGGGCUGGCCCUGGCGUUGCCGCAGGGCCUGGAUGCGGCUCUAGAGAAGGGUCUGGGGGCGGCCUUGGAUCACUACAAGGACACGGAGGUGCCCGGGCACUGCAACGCCAAGCGGCAGGUGGACGAGCUGCAGCUGGGCUACCAGUGCUGUGGGCGGCACGGCCCCAGGGACUGGUUCGCCGUCCAGUGGAUCAGCAGCCGCUAUCUGGACCCCACUGACCAGGACGUGAUGGACCAGAUCCAGAGCAACGUGGAAGGCCGCUACCUAAUCGACGGGGUGCCCUUCUCCUGCUGUAACCCCCACUCCCCUUGGCCCUGUCUGCAGAGGCAGCUCUCCAGCGCGCAGGCCCGGCCCCUGUCUGACCCUCGGCAGCUCGGCCUCAACCUCUGGGAACGGGGCUGCCACGGGGUGCUGCUGGGGCACCUGCGGGCGCUGGCCGGCACUCUGGGCACCCUGCUGGGCGUGACCUUCUUCCUGCAGGUGCUGCUGCUCCUGGGACUCCGGUACCUGCAGACGGCUCUGGAGGGCCUGGGGGGGGCCAUCGAUGGGGAGGGAGAGACGCAAGGCUACCUGUUCCCUGGGGGGCUCAAAGAGAUGCUGAAAAGCAUUUCCCAGCAGGGUCUGUGCGCCCAGAGGCCCCGGCCUGAGGAGGCCCCGGCCGAGGAGGCCCCGGAUGAGGAGGCCCCGGCCGAGGAGGCCGCCGCAGAAGCCUAACGCCCCCGAGGAGGGCAGCGCUGCAGAGGGCCACGAAGGGGCAUCAGCGGUGCCCGGGGAGGAAAGGAAGGGAACUAGAUUAGGGGCCACAGCCAGAAGACAUGGCGGAGGACGUUAGCUAGAAGGAUAGGCCCAGGAUCCCGCCCCCCCCCCCCAUGGGCAGCCACAAGGUGCCCGUCCCCCAGCAGAUGGCAAAAUUCUCCACAUGCACAAAAUCAAUAAAGUCAGUCUCCGGAUGCUGUCUUUCCUUUGUGU